GGGAGCGGCGCAGCGACGGCGGCGGCAGUGGUGGCGGCGGUUGCGAUUCUUAGCCGUUGAGACGCCUCUGCGGCAGCUGGUGGCGCAGGUGGCUUGCGUGGACGCGGGCGGAGGCGGCCGGCCCGCCACCGCAGCCUCAGCGCCCACGGCCCCGGCAGGCCCGUCGGGACACCCCGAGGCAUCCUCCCCCGCCCGCCGGCGAGGGAGCCUGGGCUCAUCCGCGCUCCCGCAUCUCUCUGCCGCGCGCACCGCCUCAUCUCCUCUUGGUUUUGGGACCCCCCGGCCUCGCCCCCCCAGAGACAUGACUCGCGAUUUCAAACCUGGAGACCUCAUCUUCGCCAAGAUGAAAGGUUAUCCUCAUUGGCCAGCUCGAGUAGAUGAAGUUCCUGAUGGAGCUGUAAAGCCACCUACAAAUAAGCUACCCAUUUUCUUUUUUGGAACUCAUGAGACUGCUUUUUUAGGACCAAAGGAUAUAUUUCCCUACUCAGAAAAUAAGGAGAAAUAUGGCAAACCAAAUAAACGAAAAGGUUUUAAUGAAGGUUUAUGGGAAAUAGAUAACAAUCCAAAAGUGAAAUUUUCAAGUCAACAGGCAUCAACUAAACAAUCAAAUACAUCAUCUGAUGUUGAAAUUGAAGAAAAAGAAACUAGUGUUUCAAAGGAAGAUACUGAUCAUGAAGAAAAAGCCAGCAAUGAGGAUGUGACUAAAGCAAUUGAUAUAACCACUCCAAAAGCUGCCAGAAGGGGGAGAAAGAGAAAGGCAGAAAAACAAGUAGAAACCGAGGAGGCAGGAGUAGUGACAACAGCAUCAGCAUCUGUUAAUCUAAAAGUGAGUCCUAAAAGAGGACGACCUGCAGCUACAGAAGUCAAGAUUCCAAAACCAAGAGGCAGACCCAAAAUGGUAAAACAGCCCUGUCCUUCAGAGAGUGACAUGAUUACUGAAGAAGACAAAAGUAAGAAAAAGGGGCAAGAGGAAAAACAACCCAAAAAGCAGCUUAAAAAGGAUGAAGAGGGCCAGAAGGAAGAAGAUAAACCAAGAAAAGAGCCUGACAAAAAAGAGGGGAAAAAAGAAGUUGAAUCAAAAAGGAAAAAUUUAGCUAAAACAGGGGUUACAUCAACCUCUGAUUCUGAAGAAGAAGGAGAUGAUCAAGAAGGUGAAAAGAAGAGAAAGGGUGGACGAAACUUUCAGACUGCUCACAGGAGGAAUAUGCUGAAAGGCCAGCAUGAGAAAGAAGCAGCAGAUCGAAAACGCAAGCAAGAGGAACAAAUGGAAACUGAGCAGCAGAAUAAAGAUGAAGGAAAGAAGCCAGAAGUUAAGAAAGUGGAGAAGAAGCGAGAAACAUCAAUGGAUUCUCGACUUCAAAGGAUACAUGCUGAAAUAAAAAAUUCACUCAAAAUUGAUAAUCUUGAUGUGAACAGAUGCAUUGAGGCCUUGGAUGAACUUGCUUCACUUCAGGUCACAAUGCAACAAGCUCAGAAACACACAGAGAUGAUUACAACCCUGAAAAAAAUACGGCGAUUCAAGGUUAGUCAAGUUAUCAUGGAAAAGUCUACCAUGUUGUAUAACAAGUUUAAGAACAUGUUUUUGGUUGGUGAAGGGGAUUCUGUCAUCACACAAGUGUUGAAUAAGUCUCUUGCUGAACAAAGACAACAUGAGGAAGCGAAUAAAACCAAAGAUCAAGGGAAGAAAGGCCCAAACAAAAAGCUAGAAAAAGAACAAACAGGUUCAAAGACUCUGAAUGGAGGAUCUGAUGCUCAAGACAGUAAUCAGCCACAGCAUAAUGGAGAUAGCAAUGAAGAAAGUAAAGACAACCAUGAGGCCAGCAGUAAGAAAAAGCCAUCCGGUGAAGAGAGAGAGACUGAGAUAUCUCUGAAGGAUUCUACACUAGAUAACUAGGUUGACAUACCUGGAAUAUAAAGAACAUUUGACAAGUUUGUAAUGGUUUUCCUUUGAAAUAUUUAGAUUGCUGAAAGUUUUAAAUUUUUAUAAGCAUAGGUUUUGAUGUCUACAACUUGUUUUGAGGGAGAUAAUCCCUUUAUCUUUGUUUAAAAGUAAUUAAACAUUAUUGCUAUUGUACUUGUGCAGUAUUAACAGCUACAUUAUACAGUAAAUGUUGGGGGGGGUUAUCCACUUAGAAAUGUUAAAACAGCUUUUCCAGAUAUGGUUGUAGCAUAUUUUCAGUUAGUGUGUGUAUGUUAAUGUGUAAUUGGUAGUAAAACAGUUACAUUUUUUAAACUGCUACUUGUAUAAAUCCUCUUUUCCCAAAUACUGUGGGUUUUGUGCAUAGUUUUUACAAAUCUUGGACAGACUGUCUUUUCACUGUGGGUUUUGUAGAAGUUGAGCAUUUUUAUGGUUGAUAAAAUGUUACUUCUAUACAAGUACUCACUCCUUUUUUAUCAAAAGUUAAUUUUAAUAUCAGUCCACAUUGUGCUCCAUUCUGCUUUUUUGUAACAGUAUCAUCUGUACUCCUUUCUAUCCAAUUGACAUCAAACUGACUUCUAUGAGGUUCAACUUAUGUUAAGAUAAUUUAGUUUUGUGGCUGGGAAUUUAGUGAAGGCACAUGACUUUCCUGCAGAGAACAGACUUAUUAUUAUAUAUGUAUAUGAAUGAAUCUGAUUUUAGAGUUCAACCAUUUAAGAUCCAUUACAGGCACUAAUAACUAAAAAUGUUUAUUUUUGAGAAAUGUCUUAAGUCACAUUCAUUAAGGAAGUCACAAAGUAGUAUUUUUUUAAUUGGGAAAAAAAGUCAAUCCAUGAUGCUUAUGUGGUAAAUAUAAAUAAAUGCUAUAUAAAGAAACCUAUUUGAAAAUGUGGCUAUAUUAGAAGGGAAUUUGUAUUUUCAUUUCUAUAUCAUAUAUGUAACAGGGUUACAAAAAAUAGAAAUAUUAGUUGCUCCAAGGUAGUAUUUGAUAAGUCUGUAUUUUGAUGUAUAUGGACUAAAUCCGGAAGAACCAAUGUUAACACAAAAUUUAAUAGUCUGUUAACUAAAGGAUAGCAUUUCUAAGAUAUUUUAAAUAUUAGGUCCGUUGGUGGUUUUCAAUAGGUAGGUAGUAGAUACGUUUUGAAACUCUUAUGAAUAUGGGAAAAUGACUUAAUACCAGUGUUUGUAACAUGUGUUGUAAGUUUUGAUCUCUUGAUAAUUAUUUUCAUCUAUACAACUUGAAUUAUUUGGAUAAUUGAAUUUUUGCUUUUUAGAAGUCUUACAAUGGAGCUAAGACCCACUGUUUUGAGGGAACUCUGCUAUUACAUUAUAUAUACACCAGUCAUCUGUUUUGUCCUAACAGUUUUAACUUAGAUUUAUUCUAGUUGAGCCAUAAGUGUCAAAUGUGUAAACUUGUUUUGAUUAAAGAAUUUUUCUAUCAAA